AAACGCAGUAGCAUCUAGUCAAUUCAUGGGCCAAUAGAAUGUAAAAGGAAGGGAAAGAAAUACUGGCUAGUGCAGUGGAGCAGAAGGCCAGGAACGGUGUUUUGGCUCCUGGGUUGUCCAACACACGCAGCUCCUGUGACACCUCCAGGACACGUGGCAGGGUAGGAUGGCGGGCAGCCUAUCUGAGGGCGGAGGCACAGAGAAAAACAGUCGCCUUGGGUCUAGGGAGGGCAGAUGGCAGAGGCAGAAGAGCAGAAGCAUUUCCUCCUUCAGCGUCCGAGACGGAAAAGCAAAUCUGCUGGACAAAAAGAACCUCCACGUUUUAUGUGUUCUGUUGUCAGGCGCUUCACGGCGACAGAGCGAUGUCGAAGCCCCCGGACCUGCCAGGCCCACAGGAGGUCACAGAAUAUUUUUGAUCAUGGUCCUGGCAGUGGGAGUGAUGGGCUGUCCGAGGAGCACCCGGGAGACCAGCUGGAUGCAAGCAUGAGCACCAUGGAGCUGCCUGGAGGCCAGCUUCUCACACCCAUGCUGUCUUCUGGCUUGUGGCAUGUCCCUCCUAUCGGGUCUGCUGGCCACCGCUCCCACCUCCUCCGACCCAGUCUCCACUCCAGCCAGAAAGGAGCAUUGCCAGGCACACACCCAACUCCCCCACUUCAGAGAAUCCAUCAUUCUUCCUCCUGCCUUCCAGAAAUUGCUUCGAACUCAAUGUCACUCUGCUCAGAACACCCUCACCAGCAACUCCCCCUUGCCCCCACCGGCCUGCAGGUCCGUGCCUGUCCUCUCCCGUCCCACCCCCUAAGCCAAGUGAGGCUAAGUGUCCUUCCCACGGCAGGCUGGGCCCCCCACCCCCACCCCGGAGCCCUCCCCACAACGUAGCCCAAGCUCCUAAUGUUCGUCUCUGUUCCCAGCUAGACCGAACCUCCACAAAGCACAGUGGUGGUUUUCGUAUCACUAGCCUGGUGCUGACGCCCCAGACCAGGCCUGCCCGUCUUUUGCUCACUCCAAGUCUCCCUCCAGCCAUUAGCGGGGGCAGGGGAGAGGCUCUGGGACUUGGUGCCAGGAUCCUAGCGCUGCUCGGUACUCCCCUCACUCCGUACCUUCAGGCAGGUCACUGUCCCUCUGGGCCUCACUUUCUCUCCCUGCUCUUCUCUUCCCACAAGCUCAGAAGUAAAGCGACCAAAGCAGCUUGAUUGACUGACUCCCUUUUUUUUCCUUUAAGUUGACUUAUUUAUCUUGAGAGAGAGAGAGAGAGAGAGAGGAGAGAGCAGAGAGAGAAUCUCAAGCAGGCCCCCCGCUGCCAGCGCAGAGCCCGACACGGGGCUCGAACUCACAACCGGUGAGACCGUGAUCGGGGCAGAAGUCAAGUGACUGACUGACUCCCUUCGAAAAUGUUAUUUUAGUGUAGUAUCAUGGUAUCUACCACCUUAACAGAUGUCCAAGUGCACAAUACAGUAUUGUUGACUCUA